GAAAACUAGGAACUCUAAUUUAAUUCGAAUCUGUUAGCUCUUUUAGAAUGGAGUGAAUAUCAUAUAACCCUACACCAUAGAGCAAUUAAAUGAAACAAAAACAAAAAAAAAGAGUUUUUUUCUCCCACCCCUAUUCCUCCAUCCUAUGUUUAGCCUUAAAGCACCAAAGCAAAUGUUGCUUUGCAAUAUACAAUUUACUUGAAGGGCAUUAGCAGCCGUUGCAGCAACUCCUUGUGUAAAAAGGAAAACAUAUUUAUCACCAUUGAAGCUUAGCUUCAUUAAACCAAACUCUGAACCAAAAAAGAUAAAGAAGAAGCUUCAUAUUCACUCCUUUUUCCCGCCACCCCAUUUGAAGUAUAAUCUAAGUUUUACACCCCUUCUUUUCCUCUUCAUACUACAUUCUUCAAAGCUCUUUGACUUGAAAUCACUCUACUUCUCUUGACUAUUCUGGGUACACGCACUGCACUGUAUUAUAGGUUAUUCUCGGAAGGGGCUCCAUAUAGUUAAUUAUAAGGUGAUUGUUCCCUUCUCUUUCAGCGGAUUCAUAUUAUCAUCAAUUUGAGUUUUAGUCCAUAAUUAUCUUUCCGCAUAAAAUUGUGUAAUGGAGUCAAGCCAAGUUAGAUCCGCAAGUUGCGGAGGGAAAGCUGGAGAAAUGGUUCAUGAAUUUAUAAAAACGGAAAGUGGUGGAAAUUCUUUCACUGCUUUACUUGAACUGCCGGCCAAUCAAGCUAUGGAACUUCUCGUAUAUUCUUCUGAAAUUGUUUCACCUAAAACUUGCUAUCAUUACCCAAAGCCUCCCAUUUUCCCUUCCGAUAUUGACAGAGCCUCCAAGUUCUCAGUCUUUUCCGCAGGAAAUUCACCGGAAACUAGUUCAUUUCCCUCAAAUUCGAGUUCAAAGUCAGAAUUCGUAAAACAAGAACCAAUUGAUUCAGAAUCCAAUCCCAAUUCUUCUCCGGCCUUUUCAAAUCCAGAGGUUAAUCAGAAAACCACUAAGCGAAAGGAACACCAGAAAAAGGGAAACGAGAGUAGCAAAAAGAGCAAAAAAUCAGGAAAUGAUACCUCGGAGAAGCUUCCGUAUGUUCAUGUCCGAGCACGACGAGGACAAGCUACAGAUAGUCAUAGUUUAGCUGAAAGAGCUAGGAGAGAGAAAAUUAAUGCAAGAAUGAAGCUAUUACAGGACCUGGUCCCAGGAUGUAACAAGAUAUCAGGUACUGCAGUGGUGCUGGAUGAGAUCAUUAACCAUGUACAAUCCCUACAACGUCAAGUGGAGGUCUUAUCAAUGAGACUUGCUGCGGUAAACCCAAGAGUUGAUUUCAACCUUGAUAGUCUCUUUGCUGCAGAAAGUGGCUCUGCAGCGGAUAGUAACUUCCCGGGCAUAGUUUCUCCAUCAAUUUGGCCUGAGGGACAGAAUAGAAACCAGUAUCAACAGCUGUUGCAUAUUGAUGGAUUCAAUCAGCCUGUUUGGGUUCGGGAAGACGAUAAUUCGUCUAGCUUCAUUACUCCACAGAAUUCACUUUUGAUUUAUGAUUCCUCAGCAAAUUCAGCUGCUUUGCACCAAAAUCAUAUGAAAAUGGAGCUGUGAAUGUAGAGGGAAGGCUUUUAUAAUAGUGGUUAGCUGUGAAUAUAAAAUUAUUCUAUUUGCCAUUUGAGGAAAGAGAAGAUUUUUAAGCAAGAGAACAUGACCGAUGCACGAAGGUCUUUUAGGAUUAUGUUAGUGUUAAGCGAAGAAAAGAAAGUAAAUCCUGCUCUAAGAAAGGGGAGUGCCUUAUGAUAUAUAGGAGGCAGCAGUGAAGUAGAGGAUUCUCAAUCGUUAAAAGAGUAUGAGUUUCCAUUUCCAGAUGAUAUCUGCUACAGAGGGACAAAAUCAGUUGUAUUUUCUAUAAAUAUGUACAUAAAUAGAUUUGUCUAUACUAACAUAGAGGAGUCAUGACUUGGUAUAUAAGAUGAUCGAUCGGUUCACAAUUGUAUUACAAGAACGGAUUAUUAAUAAUUACGUCAUUAUGCAGAUUGAACUAUUAUCAGCGUUUGUGUUUAUAAAAUCUUAACAAAACUUCAACUUCAAUUUCAAAUCCGAAAUUCUCCAAAAGGUUCCUUCAAAUUCCAAGUUGUGAUUGUCAAAUUUUUAAAAAUGUAAAGCUUGACCUAUAAGUUUAUAUUGUAAAAAAAGAUCCAUCAUUUUAAAUUUUGCAAAAAUAGACCUAUGCCCGACAUGAAGAAACUGUUCAUGCCAUAUUGAAGAAUUAUAUUAGAGGAAGUUACGUAAGUAAACAAUCUUAAAUUAGACAUUGCUAAUUUUUAGCAUAAGAUUGAUUGUAUCAAUUAUAGCUAAAUAAUAUUUACCAUAUUAACAUAAUUCCUAUUAAAGAUCUGAAAAGAUCCUGCACAAUAUUAGCAUAACCCCUAUUAAUGACCAAAAAGAUACCGCACGAUAUAAUAUACCAAAAAGAUACUGCACAAUAUCCCUGCAAUCUCGCCUUACAAUUUAUACUGAGUUGUUCCUAUGUUUUCGCUUCAUCUUCCAAAAUCUCUUCGGAUUCGCUGAAUAGAAACAUACACAUUACAAAUUGAGAGCAUACACGGAAGAAAAUAGAGAUUUUUACGUUUAAAAGCAAUAGUUACAUAGUUGCUGACACAAAGGACAUAACUUUUACAUCUUAACAUAAAUAGCAAAUUUUAUAUCAUUUUUAACAUAUACAUAAAAAUCUCCACGUUUACUAAUCAAAUGAAAUAUUUAUAGGAGGUCCCACUGAAUUAGGGAUUCAUAUUUAUACCUUUUUCAUCUAGUCAAAGCUCUCUCUCUGGUAAUAAAUAUGAUUCCCUUAUUCUAGCCUAUUUUCCUUCCUCCCCAAACUAUGUCUAAUUCCUUCUCUACAAUUUUGCCCAUCUUCAGAGCUACUAUCUCCCUUUCUAUGCGGAUUAGCCGUAAUUUCUCCCAUCUUCAGAGUGAUUCUUUCUCCCUUUUAAUAAUUUCGCCGGAUUUUUCACAUUGUCCGCUAUAUAAAAGCUAUAACAUGGUUAUAAUGAAGGCAUUCCUUCAACAAUUAUUUCUGAGUUCUGAGAGCACAUUUUCAAGAUUCUACAAGCCUAAGAUAAGUAAUAACAACGCAUUUUGUAUUUUCUCUUGAAAGCAUUUGUUCUAACAAAGUUGAAGUUAGUGGUGACAUACAAGUUGAUUCCGAGUUGUCUUUUUUUGAUAUAAAUUCUCAUUCACAAUAUCGAAGAAAAUGGCAUUAUCAAGAAAAAUGGCUCGCAGAAAAUCUGUCCCAAACUAAUAUUCUAUGAAUUUUAUAAGUAGAGGACCGAUGGUCGAUGUUUCAUCCGCUAAUGAACCCAAUUUCAAUUUGUUGACUUUAACCCUUAUCUCCCCUUCAAAAGGGAAGGAAUUGCAGAGUGGGAGAGUUUUGCGGCGUAAUUCUCUUUAUUAUGGUUCUGUUGAUAAAAAGGGAGAGACCUUAAAUGGUUCUUCUGAGAAAACUCCCCAUUCCAAAACAAAAAAAUCCAACCAACCUUCAAACCCAGAGGGAAAAUCUGUGAUUAAAGUUGAGGAAAUUAAAUGCGAGGCUAUGGACAACAAAAGUAGAAAGAUGAAUGGACAAGAGGUCAUACCAAUACCACCCAGUUGAAGGUACACCCAGUUGAAGGUAUUCUCUGUUUUGUAUAGUAUUUUCAUUAUUCAUUAUGUAUUCUAAGGUGUAGUAAUAUAUCUUUUAAUGCCAAAUAUACCUUGUAUAA